AUGUCAGCGCUGUUUAUGAUCGGAGGCGUGGCGGUGUACCCGGCGGGCUGGAGCGAGACCGCCGUGCUGGAGACCUGCGGCCCCACUGCAGACCAGUACAAUAUUGGUCGUUGUCACGUGCGGUGGGCGUACUUGCUGGCUGUCAUCGGGUGUCUAGACGGCGUCGUUCUCGCCGCACUCGCCUUCAUCCUGGCGACGCGACACGUGCGCCUGCAACCUGACACCUCAUAUCCUGCUGACUUAUACAAAGGUGAAGUAAACAACGCGUACGUAACGGACGCCACAUCUGUGUCGGGGUCGAGGAAGUCCCUCGCUCUACAGCCUGUGCUGCUGAUGCAUCCUCACGCGCCGCUCGACAUCGACACGUACUCACACUACUCGGGCCGAACUGCGCGCUCGAAGCACGGCAUCUACGCGAACACUAUGCAUAAUUAUCAGUUG